CGCCAUCGUCCUCUUUCACCACCAACGCCUGUGCUUACUAUCCUUGGCCAUUCUCUGGUCAACCGCACGGAGCUCGGAGUGUCUCCUGGGUCUUUUGGAAGUCUCCCAGCGCGCGAUUUGUCUUCAGCUUUGGCGUAUCCGUGCUCCAUAGCUAGCUGAAGUGUUGCAAGUUAUGGGAACAAGUGAAAUCAUGAAGGUUGAGGUGUGUUUGAUGGGUUAAUGUCGCAUUCGUUAUUAGAAUAUUAGCAUUGAUUCGGGAAUGAGCCCUGUUGUGCUUCCUAAGCAUGUAUCAGCCGUCAUAAGAUGUCAAAAGAAUCCAUUGAAAGCUUUAGAAAUGUUCAAUUCUGUGAAAAGAGAUGAAGGGUUUAAUCAUAACUUGUUUACUUACAAAUGCAUGAUAGAAAAACUCGGUCACCAUGGGGAAUUCGAGGCGAUGGAACAGCUGCUCGAGGAGAUGAGGGUAAAUUUUGAUAACAGAUUGCUUGAGGGUGUGUAUAUCAGUGCUAUUAGAAGUUAUGGAAAGAAAGGAAGGAUUCAGGAGGCAGCUGAUGUGUUUGAAAGGAUGGAUUUUUACAACUGUGAUCCAUCCGUGCAGUCUUAUAAUGCUGUGAUGAAUUUAUUGGUUGAGUGUGGGCAGUAUAACCAAGCGCAUAAAGUUUAUAUGUCCAUGAGAGACAAGGGGGUCACUCCUGAUGUGUACACUUUCACCAUAAGGAUGAAGUCUUUUUGUCACUCAAAUAGGCCUCAUGUUGCUUUGAGACUUCUGCACAACAUGCCAUCUCAGGGAUGUGGGCUCAAUGCAGUUGCAUACUGUACAGUCAUUGGUGGAUUUUACGAAGUGAAUUGUCAUGUUGAGGCCAAUGAACUGUUUGAGGAGAUGCUUAGCAUGGGAAUAGUUCCUAAUGUAAUUACAUUUAACAAGCUUAUACACACACACUGUAAGCAGGGAAAUAUAAAAGAAAGUGAAAGACUUCUUGACAAGGUCUUUAAAAGGGGGGUUUCCCCAAAUUUGUUUACAUUUAAUAUUUUUACUCAUGGCCUUUGUAGAAAUGGGAGACCAGAUGAGGCCAUCAAGAUGUUAGACACUGCAGCAAGAGGAGGAUUUACUCCAGAUGUUGUUACUUAUAAUACAAUUAUACGCGGCUUGUGCAAGAACUUAAAGGUUGUCGAAGCAGAGUCUUAUUUGCAUAAAAUGGUAAACAGUGGGUUUAUGCCCGAUUCUUUUUCAUACAACAUAAUAAUUGAUGGAUACUGCAAAUUGGGGAUGGUACAGAGUGCAGAUAAAGUUCUCAAUGAUGCAGCCUAUAAAGGCUUUCUGCCGGACCAAGUCACAUACAUUUCCCUAAUAUAUGGGUCAUGUGAGGAUGGAGACAUAGACAAGGCCAUAAGCUUAUUUCAUCAAGCAAAAAGGGAAGGUAUCAAGCUCACUUUAGUUCUUUAUAACACGCUAAUCAAAGGGCUUUCUCAACAAGGGCUUAUUUUGGAAGCCCUUCAGUUAAUGACUGAGAUGCCUGAAAAAGGAUGUGAACCAGAUUCUUGGACAUAUAACACAGUCAUUAGUGGAUUGUGUAAGAUGGGAUGUGUAUCAGAUGCCACUGAUGUCAUGAAUAUCGCUAUGAACAAGGGGGUUCUUCCUGACAUUUUCACCUUCAACACACUGAUUGAUGGGUAUUGCAAACUGUCAAAAAUGGCUGAUGCAAUUGAAAUUUUAAACACCAUGUGGGAAUAUGGUAUUGCUCCUGAUGUUAUAACAUGUAAUUCAGUGCUGAAUGGCCUCUGCAAGUCUUCAAGUUCUGGUGAAGUGAUGGAGAUGUUUGAACUGAUGGUAGAAAAGGGGUGUAGUCCAAACAUUAUCACUUACAAUAUACUUAUGGACAGCCUGUGUAAAGCUAGAAAGUACACAAAAGCUUUUGAUUUGCUUGAGGAAAUUGAAAGCAAGGGUAUGUCUCCAGAUGUUGUGGUCUUUGGCACAUUGGUUAAUGGAUUUUGUGAAAAUGGGGAUUUGGAUGGGGGCUAUGAGCUGUUCCGGAGAAUGGAAAGGCAAUAUAAAUUUGCUCAGACGACUGCAACAUACAAUACUAUGAUAAAUGCAUUCUGUGAGAAGUUGAAAAUGGACAUGGCUGAAUGCUUAUUUUCUGAGAUGAGUAAAAAAGGUUGUAUCCCAGACAACUAUACCUACCGUUGUAUGAUAGGUGGUUUUUGCAACGAAGGAGACUGUGAUUCCAGUUACCGCUUCCUCCUUGACAACAUCAAAAGGGAGUUGGUGCCAUCACACGCAACAUUUGGACGAGUGAUUAAUUGCCUAUGCAUGAAGCAUAGGCUGCGUGAUGCAGUUCAUACUGUUCACCUUAUGGUGCAUAAGGGCAUCGUUCCUGAUGUUGUGCAUACAAUCUUUGAAGCUGAUAAAAAGAGUGUUGCAGCACCCAAGAUUGUUCUUGAAGACUUGCUGAAGAACAACCAUAUCACCUAUUAUGCAUAUGAACUCUUAUAUGAUGCUAUUAGAGAUAAGAAGCUUAUUAAACGGAAGCAUCAAAGAAGGGAAUUUGCUGGUAACCGGUGAUGAAGUGCUGGAUUAUAACUAGAAAGUGCACCCAUGAGCUUAGACUCAAACGUCCUGCCUCAAUGCUACGAGAAUCACACAGUUGUUUGAGGCUAUUAUAACCAAGGUCCUUGAAAUGCAUGUUGUGCAUGUCUGCACUGCGCUUCUCUUGGGUCACUGAGUUCUCAAAAAGCUUGGAAUGGAUGGAGACUAAGAGUCUAAGAAUGAGUUGUUGAGGGUUUGGUGGAAGGUGAGCAUGAGAAGUACCAAUCUCAUUUUAGCAAGUACGGAGUAUAUCGGAAAAGGUAUUGAGUACAGCAAGAUUGAGGAUAUUUACAAAAUGCUGCUAUACAUCCCCAAAGAAGUUCAUGAGGCAGCCUCCUAAAUAGUACAAGAGGUUAAACACGGAAAUGCGGCUAACUUGAGAGGAUGGCUAAGCUCAUAACGAAACUGAAUGCCCUAAAUGAAGCCGUGGGAGGAAAUGAUGAUGAUGAUGAUGAGUGAGUGAUCAACUCACUAACAUAUUCGGGAUCUCAACACCACCAGCCUAAUCCCGAUAUGUUGUAACUUUUUAUGUCAAAGCAAUGUUUCAAAAUCUUCGAGAAAAGGGUCAAAUAAGCCCUUCUACUAUUAUGAAAUAGUCACAUAAGGCCAUGUACUCAAUAAAGUGUCAUAUAAGUACCUCUACUUGUAAAAAACAAUCAAAUGAGUCAUAACGAUCUAUUUACAACCUCCUAAUCCCGGUUUUAGCUUACAUGUCGAAUUUUUUGACUUGUAUUUCAACCAAUCUUAGUUAAAUAUUCGACGUAUGCCGUAUAUUCUAUUCGAAAACGAUGAUCAGAAGUACGCUAAAACCAGGAUUAAGAGGUGUUAAAUAGGUCAUUAGGACCCAUUUGAUUGCUUUUUACAAGUAGAUGUACCUAUAUGACACUUUAUUGAGUAUAUGACCUUAUGUGACUAUUUCAUAAUAGUAGAAGGCCUUAUUUGACCCUUUUCUCCAAAAUCUUCUUAUGGCUAUUUUCCCUUAAUCUUUGGUUUGAAUUUCUUUGAACUGAAUUAAAAACCCUUAUGGUUUUCACAAAAGACUGCAUUGACGGUCUAGUUAUUGGGAUAUAGAAGUACAUAUAUUAGAAGGUUACUGUGAGCUCUGGGGGCUCCCUCUUUGGUUCAAAAUUCCUUGUGAAACAGAAUAUAAUUACGUCAAUGGAUAAAUGAAUCAUAAAUUCAUAAUCAUUAGACCACUUCAAAUUGAGAGGGAGAGCUAGUCUAUCUUCGUAAAACUUUAAGAUCUAAUCGCAGAACUUGAUAAUUAAUAUAAUGAGUAAAUGAAAUUGUGUAGAUUGAUCUGAUCAUGUUAUUUUGAGAUGUGCUGAUUUAAUUUAUACUUUCUUGAAUCUUUUAUUACGCCUUAGGAUCAUACGGGAAAUAAAAUUUAAGUUUCAUGCGAAGAGGACAGGUAGUUAUUCACUUAUUUGAAUUAUUACAUUGUACGGUACUUUGUAGGCCAAAAUGCUGUUGAGACUUGAGAGCAUCUAUUCUGAUUUUGAGGGCACGACUAAAAUGUGGAAUAAAUCAUUUUGGCCAAAUUAUACCUGUUUUCUUUCCAUUGGAAAUGUAUUAUUUUGAGGUUAAAUGAAAACUUUUUUUCUUCUUUCUCUAAUUCCAGUUCCAACUUUUAAUCGGUGCACACUCGAGCCCUUCAAAUCCGACAUUCACUAUCCUAUCACCAUCACCGUAAAGAGCAGGCUUCCUCUAUGAUGCAGUUAGACAAAGAGCAGAAUUUCUCGUGUAGUCUACUUAUUUCUUCUCGGCGUCAUCAUAUGUGACGCCUGAUUUGCUAGAGUUGAUGAAAUCUCUGGACCAUAGGAAUGUAAGAAUGUUUCAAACAUGUUAUGUAGGCUAUUGAUGUUGUAUCUGAUUCUCUAAAUAUAAAGAUGCAUUGUAAUUAAACGAAUCAUAUAUUCGUUGGG